CUCCUGUCUUCCUCAUUCCAUUGCAGUGUAUGACAUAAGUGCAAUAUAAAUGUUCUGUACUAGCAGUGUCCAGGUGUGAGUGAAUAAUCUAUUGCUGUACAUAACAAUGAAUUGAAUCACUAAAGAAUGGAAGUAAACAAUGAUAAAAAUAUUAUUCAAUGUUCAAAAACAAGGCAUGUGAGCAGAAUGUAAGGAUUUAUGAACACAUAACACACAUGAUGUAAGCUCAUAAUUAUAUUACACAUGUGGCGAUAUAUUUAAAGGAAAGAGAGGGAUAAGGACCGAAUCUAUAAUGUGUGAUCACUCGCUGUAAUUCUACCGCAGGGCAUGGACACCAAACAGAGACGUUCAUCGACCGGCAUGGAUUGGGGAACUCUUUAUGAAGUCAUCGGAGGGGUCAACAAACAUUCUACAAGCAUUGGAAAGAUAUGGCUCUCCGUCCUGUUCAUAUUCCGAAUUAUGAUUCUGGUGGUGGCUGCGGAGAGUGUCUGGGGUGACGAACAGUCAGAUUUCACCUGCAAUACAUUACAGCCUGGGUGCAAAAAUGUGUGCUAUGACCACCACUUUCCAGUGUCUCACAUCAGGCUCUGGUGCCUCCAACUCAUCUUUGUGGCUACCCCAGCACUGUUGGUUGCCAUGCACGUGGCUUACUUGAGACAUGGGAAAAAAAGAAUACUGCAAAAAAAGAUGCUGUCUGGUAAGUGUGAUAAAUCUGAUGAGAAGGAUUUGGAGGACUUAAGAGAGCAGAAAUUCCGGAUAAAGGGUACACUUUGGUGGACCUACACCAUCAGCAUCCUGUUUAGGGUGCUGUUUGAGGCUGCUUUCAUGUAUCUCUUCUACUUCCUCUACACUGGCUUCCAUAUGCAACGUCUUGUCAAGUGUGACAACUGGCCUUGCCCGAAUGUGGUCGAUUGUUUUAUUUCGAGGCCUACUGAAAAGACCAUUUUUACCAUCUUCAUGAUCAUCGUUUCUGGCAUCUGCAUGGUCCUAAAUGUGGCAGAGUUGUGCUAUCUCAUCAUUCAGGCAUCCAUGAGAAGAGCCAGGAAGAAUGCCGCCAAACACACCAACCACAUAAGUGGCAAAGAAGAGAAGCAGAAUAUGCUAAAUGAGCAGAAGGAACAAUAAACGAGUGAAUGAAUGAUUCGUUUACCCGUCAGCCUUAACUGCCAUUUUCCGAACCUAAGGAAGAAGGAUUUGCUAUAUACAACACAUUGAAUUAUAUCCUAGAUCUGAAUAUUUAGGAAUGACAGAAAUUCAACACAGAAGCAUCCUAAGAUAUCUGUGUAAGGUGGAUGGCUUUUGCAAAUUUACAAAGUAUGUUUGCAAAUUUAGAAAUAUUGGUUUACACAUUGGUGGAAUUCUGAAUGAUUUAAAGUAGCACAUCUUUGACUAAAAUUCGGUAGUGUUUUAUAUGAUGUCUUUAUGUUUUGGUGUUUGUUUAUUUUAUGUUAUACUUUUGUUUUUGCUAUUUAUGUUACAAGAUUUGUCAUUGUGUGUUCACAAUGAAACCAAAUUCUGACUGAUUUUGUACAACUAUUGAAUGUAUUUGGAAGAAUAACUCCACUUUUAACUAGAAAUCGAAAUUUCAUUUUUUUUAUACUUGGCUUGACAUAACCGUCACAUUAAAGGAGACCUUUCCUCAGAGAACAUUGUCUUUAUUGAUUUCCCAUUCUGAAAAUGCUGGCUGCCUGGCUGUCAAGCUGACCCUCUGGUUCCAAUGCUGCGAGUCAUUUAAUUGGAAUGUGCAUGCAGAUAGAGACAUCUGACUUUCUUCUGAAUUUUCUGAGCUGUAUAUUUGUUCCAAAUCUGGUACUUAGAAAUAACUGAAGCUAAAGGUCAGCAUAACGGCCAGACAACUAGCAUUUUAGAAGGAGUUUAGCCAUGGCAGUCUCCAUGCUUCUGUGAAGAAAGGUUUACUUUAGAGAAAACAUUUAACCUGAUUAAGGCUUUUAAAGGGAAACUGUAAGCAUGGAAAUAAGGCAGCUGUCAUUACUGACUUUUACUGUUGCAGAUUUUGGGGGUGUCAUUGUGAUUGCGGUUACACCACCUAGUGAUUCACAAAUGUGGAGUGAAAAUGUAGCCAGAAAUCUGAUUUUCAGACUUCACUAAGUAGGGAAAUCAGAUUUGGAAUAACAGCCCCAGAGCCCACAACUUUAGAAAAACAGGUCAGUAAUGGCAGGUCUCAUUUCUGUCCUCACGGGUUCCUUGUAAGGCCUGGUGAGGCUACACAAAUGCUGUGUCUUCGUUAGGACGUGUUAGGUGCUAUAGGUCUUCAAAUAGCCUGUGCAAGCAAAAGAGACACAGUCGUUUUUUUUUUUUUUUUU